AUGGCGGACACUGUGGCCGCGCCGCGGGAGCUGCUGCACGAGAUCUUGGAGGAUGGCACGUGCCCGCUCCACAUCCGGAUGCAGUUGCAGCGGCUGCUCGGCGUCGUCCCCGUGACGGUGCCGGUGGCGGCCGUACCUCCUGCGGCCCGCAGGGGGCCCGCGCCGCCGCUGCAGGGCGGGGGGCAGGGCGUCGGCCCCGCGCAGGCCACCGCAGUCGCGCUCGCGGCCCUCGAGGCGGCGGGGUCGGAGGUUGACAUGGCGGAGGCGGUGGCGGCGGGGCGGCCGGCGGAAGAGUCGGCGGGGGAGGCCGGUGCGCCCGGCGGGGAGGGCGCCUCUGGCGCGGCGGCGGCGGAGGCGGUGGAGGCGGCCCUGGCAGCGGCCCUCGCGGAAGCGGAGGCGGAGGUGGCGGCGGCGGAGGCGGCAACGGCGGCAGUGGAGGUGAGGACGGCGGCGGCGGAGGCGAGGACGGCGGCGGCGGAGGCGGGGACGGCGGCGGCGGCGGGGGCGGAAGCGGUGGAGCCUGCGGAGGAGGCCGCGGCGGCGGGGGAGGGUGCCCUCGACGCGGCAGCGGGCGCUGCGGCCGCUGCCGCGCCCGAGGGGGCCGCCGAGGACGAGGACGCCGAGGAGUUCGAGGAUGCGCGCGACGCCGAGGAGACUGACGAGGAGGAGGAGGAGCGGCGGAGGGCCGUGGACCUCCAGGCGUUCCGCCGGAGGGAGACGGAGUACCUGCAGGCGAUCGGCCCCUGCCUCGCGUGCGCCGAGCCGGCCGGCCCCGCGUGCAUCACGGACUGCAUCGGGCCCCUGCUGCCCCUGGUGGCCGCGCGGCUGCCCCUCGCGGACAUCCUGGCGGUGCGCACCUGCAGCUCCGCCGGCCUGGAGUGGGCGAUGGAGCGCCGCACGCAGCGGCUCGGCGAGCUCGCGAGGGUGCACGACAGGAUUCGGAGUCGCUUGUGGAUCCAGCGCCUCUUCCUGCUGAACCAGGGUAGCGCCGACGAGACCGUCUACGAGACCAAGGUCCGGAGCCUGGCGGACGACGCGCAGCGCAAGAGGAUGGAGGCCGAGAUGGCGGAGACGCGCCGGGACAUGGAGGUCCAGAUACGGAACUUCCAGCAGGAGGUAGACCGGCGCAUGGACCUGCAGGCGGAGCGCGUGCACGCCAUCGUGGAGGAGCGUGUGCAGCAGCAGCUGGACGCCAUCAUGCACGCCGAGAUGGAGAAAGUUCGGACGAUGGUGGAAGACCACGUGCAGGGGAGGGUCCGCUCGGUGGUGCAGCGCGAGGUGCGCGCGACCGUGUGCGAGAUGCAGGUGCGCCUCGCCCGGCUCGCGCGCGAGAACGACCGCCUCCGGGCGGCGUUCCUGGAGCAGCUGGACCACUCGAACAUGUGCCUCCGCUUCAUGCUGUGGGCCCGCAGCACCAACACCACCACGGGGCUCAUCGCGCGGGCGCUGUGGGCCGCCCGGCGCCGCCUCGGCGCGUGGCUCCUCGGCGUCUCGCCCGACGGGCGCCGCCUGGAGAGCCUCCGCUCGCGCCUGGAGACCUUCGGCGAGGACGACGACGGCGAGGCCGCCGCCGCCGCCAGCGCGGUGUCGCGCGCCGCCUGCGCGGCGCUGCGCUCCGCGGGCGCGGCGGGCGACGAGGACUCCCCGCUGGACGCGAUGGCCGCCAUCGCGAUGCUGUGCAGCAUCUGCCGGGCGGCGCCGCGCGCGCAGCAGGCGCGCCAGCAGCAGGGGCAGCCGCCGCCGCCCGCGGAGGCCGAGGGGGCGGCGCCCGCGUGGGCGGACUCGGGCUCGGAGGAGGCGGAGGCCGAGGCGGGCGCGGGCGCGGCGGGCGCGGCGAGAGGGCCCUCCCCGCCGCCCCCGGGCCCCGCGGCGCCCGCUGCCACCGCGGCGGGCAGCGAGGCGGAGGGCAUCGGCGUCAGCGGAGCCUCCGAGGCGCCGCCGCAGCUGGGUGCAUCGGACGUUGACGUCUCGGUGUCCACCGAGGUGGCGGCAGCCCCGAGCAGGCCACGCGGCGACGGCGAGGAGGAGGCCGAUGGCGACGAGGGCACGGAGGACAACGCGGAGGACGCGGUGUCCGCUGGCGGCUUCGGCCUCGUGGAGCCGUCGGACGACGAGGAGGAUCGGGAGGAGCUCCUGAGGCAAGCCGUGCGGGAGGAUCGUCGGCCGGCGGUACCCGCCGACGGCGCGCUUCGGGCCGCUGAGCCCGCUGCGGCUGCGCCCACAGGCGCCGAGGCCGCGGAGUCCUCCGGGCGGGUCAGUGCGGCGUGCUCCUCCGACGACCAGGCUGGCGCGGCCUCCGAGGACGACCUGGACUUCCAGGAGACGCCCUGGAGGGCGAGGGCUGGGAGGGGCGCGGCGAGGGCGGCGAGCUCUGACGGCCGGGCCAGGCCGGCGCGACCUCUCCGAGGGCGGCCUCGUGCUCUCCAGGGCUCGCUGCGGCGGCGCGCCUCGGGGGGGCCGAGGGGCAGCAGGAAGGCGUGCAGACAUGAGCCGUCGGAGGUCCGCGUGGCCGUGCCGGGUCGGCGCGCACGGGAUCCCCCUCGGCGAGGCGCCUCCGGCAGGGGGAGAGCGGGCCCAGGCGCCGACCCCCGAGCGCCGCGGGGGACCUCCGCGAGAGUCGCCGUGCACGCCGUGCUCUGCAGUUCACUGGUCGCGUUUCGCUGGGGGUAUUACUCUCACGGCGCAACGUUCUCACGGAGCGCAAGUCUUCUGGCAGCGAUGCGUUUUCGCGGAGCGUGUUGGCACGGUCCGUCAGACUCACGGUGA